GGAUGCAGAGGGGGAGGAUCACCUGCGUAAGCGGGCCCUGCGGCUGCCCUUCACCUUGGCCACAGGGGAGGCCGUCCUGUAUGAGAGCAGCCUCCCUGGCCCCCUGACUGCCCUCCCAGCCAGCAAGAGGACCAGGGCAAGGCAGGCUGCCCCCACUGGCCAGGACCCUGUGUGCCCAGCCUCUCUCCUUGGAGCCAUGGUGCAGGAGAAUGGAUCCACGUACUUGGCCUGCAUUCCCCCAACCCCUCAAGGAUCACUCUUGGAGAGGUGGGGAUCUCAUGACAAACGUGAGGACAAGGAGGAGGAAGACAGCUCCCUCCUGACCCUCGAGAGCCUGCUGGAGAAGGACAUGGAAGAAGAGCCCAAUCUCUGCUCCACUCCCCAGCACCUGGGCGUCACCAACCUCCACCAGCGUCAGUGGGGACAGGCCUUUCUCAGGGCUGACGCAGACCCUGCAGGGCCUCAGAACUGCUGCCUGCUGCCACCCAGCCGGGGAAGGAGCCUCACCAGCGAGAGGGAGGUGCUUUCUCACAGCAGUGAGAAUGUGUGCUCACCCCUACCAGCCUGCACAACUGCUCUGCAGACCCUGAAGCCACUGUCUUCUCUGGACACGGGCCAGCUAACCAUGUCCUUAACCAUGGAAGUAAGUCCACUGCAGGAUGGGGACACAGUGCCCAGCUGCCCUCAAGCACACACUCAGCACUUUCCCACCUCUGGCCCUGCCCUCCAGAGCCCUCUGCAGUGGCAGCUUGGGCACAGCCCGGCAGCGCCUCUGAAUUGGGGGGUGUGCAAGACACCAACAGUAUUUGGCUUUGUCCCACCGCCCAAGCCCCUGUCUCACAGCCAGUCGGCCCAGCUCUUUCAGCCAAGCCACACACCUUCACUCCCUUUAGGAGGAACUAUCCCUGGACACCUGGCCCAGCCGGGCCGUGGGAAUCUGGAUUUCUGUGAAGAGUCCACGCACCGGGCACCUGCGCGGAGUGAUCACUCUCAGGAGCCCCUCACUGCCUCAGACCACACAUCCUUUGUCAACCCGUAUGGCACCUGUUCCUUGGACAGCAUUUGGGGUUUCCACAUCCAGGGCCAGCCAGAAGUGGUCCCUGGGCAAGUGGGGGCAGGGAAGGGGGCAGGACAGGCCCCCCCUGACCGUUUCAGCCGCCCAUGGUCCACCAUGGCUGACCCCUGCCUUCUGUGGACAGGGCCAGCCAGAGACAUUCCUCCCAGCUUGUGCAGGGGUCGGCCCCUAUCUGUGUGUGGGGCCUUGGGUUCACCACAGCACACACCUGGGAGCCAAGAGCAGCCACCCCACGCCCUCUCAGGGAGCCCUGCCUGUCCGUCCCAGGUGCUUCCACAUGGACCCUUGGCGACUCGGGACUCUUAUGGUGCAGACUCAGGCCCAGUCACCAAGCAACAGCAGUGGGUGCAGAUGGGGCUGCAGACCCAGGGAACUUGCAAGCAAGUGAGAGAGGGGAUACCAAGUGUCCAGCAGCUGGGUGGCUGUGUGAGAGCUGCCGUUCCCCAAGCCCCACAGUUGAGCCCCCUCCUGUCCUCAGAGAGCAUCUCUCCCGGCACAGGAAGCAGCCAGGGCAACAGCCCCGCUGAGCCAACAAGGCAAAGCAAGAACGGACUGGCCGUGCCAGCACCGUGUGCUGUGGGCAGACAGCAGGUGCAGUCUAGCCCAGCCCUGCCUCCCUGCCCUCCUGUUCCUGCCUGGCCACCCCCGUCCACGCAGGGUGGCCACAACUUCCAGCAUCUGAAUCACAAAACUGUUAACAGGAAAAAGACAUGAUGAAUCGCCAGCCUCCCAGACCCGUCCUGUUUGCCAGGCCCUGUGGUUUGGCAGCCAUGUUUCCAGAUUCAGGGGUGAGGCUCGGCACCAGAUAACCUGGGACCAGGGCCAUCCAGACGCGUGGAUGACAUGAUACAGCACCGUGGCAUGCUGGCGGCCGCCAGGGAGAAGGGACGUGUGGCCCUUUGGUCUGGACCCCUGAAAGGGCCAAGCCUUCACCCAGGACUCAGGCAGGGGAGGAGGGCGCCCUUCACGGAGCCUGCGUGCAGGAUGGCGCCCACCGGAGGGCACUGCGCAGGGACACCAUGGGUGAGGAUCCAGACAGGGUGCGUCGGGGGACUCAGGUCCACAGGCCCCCAUCUCCCAGCAGAGCAGACAGAGCGCGGUCCUGAGGCCCGGGCUGCCCCUGCUUCUCCUUCCACAAAGGAUCAGAGCGGACGAGGCUCCUAGGAGCUCUUCCACUUCUCCUUCAGCCUUGAACCACAGGACUCGUUGUUGAGCUGAAGGCGACCUUUGAUGUCAUCAAGCAGGACUCUUCCAUCUGAGCUGCUCACCCCUGUCACCCAGAACCAGGCCCCAGCUGGUGCCUAACGAGCACAUGAACACAUGGAUGGAAAGACCACAGGACGGAAACACCAAGAGGCUGGGGACCUGCCCGCUGCAGAGCCCAGCAGAAGGACCCUUUUCACACCGCUGAGUCCACCACCAGGUACCAGAAGCUGCGUGACCUGCGCAUGGCAAGGAGCCGCAGGGAGCCGUUGGUGCUUGGUCCCCACAGUGCUGGGCACGCUGGGCGCUGGUGACGCUGUUUUACAUGGGGUGGGGGGGGGCCUCUGCCGUCUUGGACCCUUGGACCCAAAACACCAAGACAUCAACUAAGGCCUUGCAACCUGACAAACGGAGGAAACAAGCACGAACAUGCACCAAUACCCUGUAAAUACUUCUUCCUUUGCUCUCAAACCAAAAAGUACAGCCUCCCAUCAUGGGGUGAGGUCUAAUUCCCCAGCCUCAUGUGGGAUCUAUACAUGGGGAGCGUCGUGUCCUCACGGAUGUGGUCUGUCUGGAGAGCCUCUUACAUUUGUCUCUGUGCUUGAACACUGGGGCCUGUCCUGACGUGAGGCCUGCCCUCUGUGGGGUUUCCAGCUGGGCCACAACCUUCAUGGUCCCGUGUAAAGUGCAGACUCACUGCGUGUGUGUAGCAGUGCACACCGGUUCUCCAAGUUGUGUGGCUGCCCUCUGCAGACCGAAACACUGACACAGUCAGGUGAACAUGUCUGGUGUCUCAGUCACAGUGCUGACGAGCAAGUCACCAGCACCCGGGGGGAUGAAACAUCAGUUACCUGUUUGCUCACAGUUCUGCGAUGCGGUGGGCUCGCCUGCGUCACUCUUGCAGCCGUGGUCAUCAGGCAGCUCUGCUGGGGCCUGAGGGUCUGAGGUGUCCCCACACAUGUGCGUGGCAAUUUGCUGGGUGUCAGCAGCCUCCUUGGUCCUCUCCCUGUGGCCUUUCCAGUAAGAGGCCAGGGUUUCUUGGCUGUAGGGUUUCUUGCUCGAAGAGCAAGGCCCUGGGCAGGUGCCCAUCAGGCCUCUUUGAGGGCAGGUGAUUAAACCAAGUCACAAGGCCAAGCCCAGGAUCAAAGUGGGGGGGCGGUCAUGGGACUCACUGUCAGCUGUCCCCCAGAAACACUGCUGAAAGCAGGACCCCAGGUAACGGAUGAGUGGCGCCCAUCACAUCCAUUUGAAGGUGAGUUGUUCGAAACGCUCCCCAGAAAACAUCUCCCAAGGAUCAGUGCACAUGUGAUGAGGCUGGGCUGGUCCUUGGGGACAGGAGCCCAUGGGGUUGGAGGCCAGCGAGGGAGAAGGUGAUCUUCUGGAGAGACUUCGGUGGUCCAAGCUCUGGCAGGGCCUCCCUGCCCACUCCUCAUCGCCUCUCCCUCUUCCCACCUAUGGAGCCCUGGAUCCCUCCUGUUGCCCACCCGCUGCCACACCUCACUGCCUCCCCCAGAUCUGGGGAGAAUUCGGGAGGAGAGAAGGCCCAAGGUGCACACCUCACUGAACAGAAUCCACAGAGACGUGAACGGCUGGGGGGCCCACCCUCCCAAGGUGCUGACGUUGUGCAGAGGGUGUUGACUCACUGAUCUCCUUGGGGCAUCUCCCAAACCCGGCAGACUGGUGAGGCUGAGAACACUGACCCUAGCAGUCCUGCCCUCCCCAGAGACUCACAACACACCUGGCUUAUCUGCUAAGGCAGAUGGAGACAGGGCAGGUGGCGUUUCGCAUCGACCAUUCCAGCGAGCUGGACUCUCUGGGCCGCUGACCUCUCAGGGGACAGGGUGUAGGGGUGCAGAGGCACAAGGUUAGGAAGCCAGGCUCAGGAUGUCAGCAUAGCAACCACACUGUGCCCCAAUCUGAAGAACCAGUUAAAGACAACCCUGAGCACAUAAACUCAUUUUGCAGUAGGCAGCGCCACGUUCUUUUCGUGGGGGCCUGCUGGUCAGUGCUGACACGCUGCCAGCUGUGUGACUGCCCGAGGUGAUGUCCGGCUGGGGUCUGCCCUCCUCGCCACAGAAUGUGCGCCCACCGCCUGGGAGCCUUCAGUCUCUUGUGAACUGCACUCUUGUCCUGGGAGCUCCAGGAACCCUCAGUAGCCUCGGUGCCGUUGGAUUGUCCCAGAAUGACGAAUCUCUCAAGGGAACAAGUAAUACGCCCUAAUAAUUGGGAUGUACGGUGUAAGAAAGACUACACUUGGUUUAAUUAACGUCUUGGAAAUAACAACCUUUAAUCGAAUAUGCAUGCGCCUGGCAAGAUAUUAUCCUUUAUUCAAAAAAAGAAGACGGGUGGAGUUCCCGUCGCGGCUCAGUGGUUAACGAA